CUGUCUGGAUAGCACAUUCUACUGGAGGAAUCCUGCAGCAAGAUUUUCAUUUACCGGGCCAGCCAGCUGUCCCCAGAGCCAGGGAAGAGGCAGUAUUACCAUUUAGGCUUGUAGAGGAAUAUGGGAAUUCCCAUGUGCCUGGCUUGCAGCACAAGGCAGAGUUGGAUACAAAAGCCUUUUAAACUCCUAGGAAUUUUAGAUGUGGAAAACAUUCCCUGUGCACGGGACUCAAUAUUAUAUGGCUCACUGGGAUCUGCUGUGGCUGGCCUCGGACAUUUUUUGUUUACUAGUAGAAUCAGAAGAUCAUGCGAUGUUGGAGUAGGAGGAUUUAUCUUGGUGACUUUGGGAUGCUGGUUCCACUGCAGGUACAAUUACGCAAAGCAACGAAUCCAGGAAAGGAUUGCCAGAGAAGGAAUUAAAAAUAAGAUUUUAUAUGAAAGUACCCACCUUGAUCCUGAAAGAAAACAAACCAACAGCAGUGGCAGCAAUUAAGUCUGAAGCACUGAAAACCAAACAGCUGCUUCAAGAGUUGGGAUCAACCACAAGAAACAUCUUAUGUACAAUAAGAAAGCUUUAAGCAAGUAAAUAAACCAUGUUUUAGUUGUCAUUUUUUGUUUACACUUGCAUAAAAAUCUGCUGAUGUAUUCUGGCCCCGCCUCUAUCGCCAGGGUAGCAUGCCUGUGUGUAACGUACUGUUGUGAUCUGCUGUAUCCAAAGAAUUAUAAAACCCAGUGUUUAACAGGCUUGGAAAAAGAAUUCUUAAAGGAAGCAAUGAAUUUAAUGAUGAAAUUUUCAAGAAAUAAAAUACCUAUACUUGGA